CUGGCACGUGGCAAGAGGAGUUACAGAGAAUGGAUCUUCAGCCCGGUGUAAGAGCCUCCCCCCGGGGAAGCCGUUGUCGGACGCCAGGCCUCGUGGGCCGCUGACCUGCUGUCUCUGUGAUUUAUGGCGGCUGGAGGCCUCUGGCCACUGCAGACUCCUCUCCUCCCUCUCCUCCGUUUCCCCUCGCUCACGCUGCACGACCACGAGGAGCCACACACACUGCGCCACCUUCCACAGGAGGAUCCAGAGAGGGAUUCCUCGCACAUGCAGAGCAGCAGCACGGGCGUACGCACGGAUAUAGUCUCAUGCCACGCGGCUACUUCCUCCACAGUCUCGUGCAAAAAUAAACACCUCCAUAAACAUUUCCCCACCGCAGCACCGUGUCCCUCGAUCCCAUCACAUGUCCAUUAGCUGGAGCCCACUCAGAGUAUUCUCCAUUUGACUACGUGUGGAUUACUAUCAGUCAUGGUAUGUCAGCUGUAGAGCCCUCGGUGUAGCCGCUGCUCAGGGGCAGGGCCGGAUCAAUGGAAGUGCGCUGAGUAACGAGGUGAUGUUCCCGUUUUCCCAUGGUCUGAGAGCAAUCAGCAGCCAGCAGCUCUCUGCUGACUCCACACACGGCUCUGCUUUUAAGCUGAAAUAACCUCACCUCACACCCCCCCCCCCCCCUCCCACCUUGAAGGGACUAUUAGUUCCAGUGACUUAUAUUAUUUUAAUACAGACCCCACAGUAGGUUGAUGUUUGCACCUGUGCGCGCCAGAGCUGUCAGACCAACUUAAAUUCCCUUUUUCCCUCAACUCUAAAGGGUUUGGAAGGGGCACAGCGCUGCGCUUACCCUCCGGACUUUCUCUUUUUCCCUUUGAAAGCUGUUGACAGAGUGAGAGCCAGCCGGUGACCUCGCCAUGGUGUUACCGCCCCCAGACAAACGCCACGUGUGCCUGACCACCAUAGUCAUCAUGACCAGCAUGGCCUUCAUGGACGCCUACCUGGUGGAGCAGAACCAGGGUCCAAGGAAGAUCGGUGUGUGCAUUAUAGUGCUGGUGGGGGACGUAUGCUUCCUCAUCGUGCUGCGGUACGUGGCGGUGUGGGUCGGCGCCGAGGUGCGCACCGCCCGGCGAGGGUACGCCAUGAUCCUGUGGUUUCUCUACAUCUUUGUUCUGGAAAUCAAACUCUACUUCGUCUUCCAGAAUUGCAAGGCCGACAGGAAGAGUCUAGAGACCGUGGCACGGAAGGCAUUGACGUUGUUAUUAUCUGUGUGUGUGCCGGGUUUAUACCUCGUUCUCGUGGCUCUGGAUAGUAUGGAAUACGUGAGGACUUUUAGAAAGAAGGAGGACAUGAGGAGCCGCCUGUUCUGGGUGGCUCUGGACCUGCUGGACCUGCUGGAUAUCCAAGCGAACCUGUGGGAGCCUCAGCGGACAGGCUUACCCAUCUGGGCCGAGGGCCUGAUGUUCUUCUACUGCUACAUCCUGCUGCUCAUCCUGCCCUGCGUGUCGCUCAGUGAGAUCAGCAUGCAGGGGGAGCACAUGUCGCCCCAGAAGAUGAUGCUCUACCCAGUCCUGAGCCUGGUCACCAUCAACAUGGUCACCAUCCUCAUACGGGGCGUGAACAUGGUGUUGUUUCAGGACAGCCGCGUGUCCACCAUCUUUGUGGGCAAGAACGUGGUGGCCAUCGCGACCAAGGCGUCCACCUUCCUGGAGUACCGCAGACAGGUGAAGGAGUUCCCCCACCCGCAGAACGCCAUGGCGCUAGAGCUGCAGCAGAACUCCGUCAGCCACACGCAGCCGCUGCCCAACACCACCAGUUUGCCACAUGAACCCUCGCCAGCGCAGGACGUCAUUGACACAUGACCGCCAGCGCCGGACACGGCACCGUUCGAGACCGACUGCUUCUUUUUAUGAACAGCUCCAGGAGCAGAGGUAGAUCAGCUGCAUGACAGGACGAUGUUCUGCUCUGGUCACGCCCACUUGAACUGCUGUGAAAACCAUCAUAGAGAUUUUCAGCAUCACCUGCCUGUCAGAACAAAGUGUAAACCCACACUUCACUCUGAGUGCAGACUUUAAAAAAAAAAAAAUCAAAAGGUUUUUAUCGUGUUACUGUGUUUUUAAUUGUUUCACAUGUUUUAAAAAAGUUCAGACUUUAUCAAAAAACAACCUCCACAGUGCUCGGCUCGGUGACAUUACAUUGUGUAAAAAUGGACGCCUGGUUACCCCCUCGAGUUCCAGCAGCAGAGGACGCAGCACUCAGCGUGAAGCACUGAUGGAGAGGAGGAGCAGAGAGAGAGUCAGUGAAGAGGUUCUAUCUGAGCCGUGCUCGAGCGAGGCCGGUGGCAGACGAAUGCUUUUCCCCCCUCUCGUGAUCGGUUCUGCUGAGGAUGAAGCCGCCGCCUCGGGUCUGUGUGAUGCUUUAUGGCCAAAAGGUCGGAUCAAAGCACUGGAGCUCGGUGCCGUACACGUCCACCGCAGCCAUUCCUGCGUGUGUGCGUUGUUACCGUUUGUUUGACUGUACGUGAGCCUGAGGGAGUGUGUGCGUUCGCCACUGGAGGUUUGUGUUAUUUCCGAACCCUCUGGAAGACUUCACGAGCGGUUGAUGUGUGCGAUGACUUGCAAAUGAGACAAAAUAUGUUGUGGUGUCAGAAGAUGAAAAAAAACAAAAACAAUAUGAUUGGGGGGGAGAUAAUUUUGGAUUCCUGUACUAUACAUUCCUCUAAAACUAGCUCAAGCCUUGAAGUCAGAGAAUGCAGAGAUCCAGUGAAUCGACAAAAAGAGAAACAGAAAAUACUUUUUUCUGAUGUUAUUCAGUUUAUUAUAAUUAUAAUUAUUAUUAUUAUUAUUAU